AUGGAGGUUGAAAACCAAAUAAAAAAAGCUGCGCAGCAGUGCGUCGAAGGCUUCACUCAGUGCCUUGAAAUCCCCGCACUCAAGGAAAAUGAGUGGGCUGAGAAUCGCCUCGCUGAUAUGAACUUGUGGAUUUCGGGUACCGGAGCCUGUGCCCGAGGACGAGCUUCAUUGGACUCAAGACUGGCCUCACGGCCUGAAGCUUGCGAUGUGAUUGCCAAUUUAUUGUGCCUGCUUAAUACCGUGAUUGACGAGUGUCGGACGCAGAGUCAACUACAAGAAUCUUCUCCCACUCACCAUGUCGAGGAAUAUUCUGCUCAUUUUGAGCAGGAAGUUCAAGGCCGCGCAUUUUCUCCUUGGUCCGAUGAUUCUAGCUCCGAUGACCAGUCAGAAAACAUAUGUGAUAUGGAAAUAACACAUGCAAAUCCAUUGCAGGAAUCAAUGUAUAACAUCGAAUCGAUGCAAGAUCAACUUUCCCGGAUUGCAGUAGCCAUUCGUCGCUCUGGGAUGCGUUCACGGUUGCAAAAGGCCGACCAGCGAUUUGAGGCAACGGAACAUGAAGAACUGGAGGGCCACCUGGUCGGAAUGUUGCUCACUCAAUUGAAGUGUUGCCCCCAAGAACGAGACUCGUCCAAAUUGAACGAAGUUCAGUUGCGACUAGUACACUGUAAUCUGAAACGUCGGAAUCGCUUUCUGUAUUCACAACAACAUUCUAGGGGUCUGGAUGCUGGCCCUAUACGACGUGAAAAUCGCUCGGCUGCGCCGAAGAAAGUUGGACUGACACAAGAAGAGAUGGCCAAGGGAAAGACGGAUUCGAAACCCUUAAAUGAUGGAUCAAAAUACGCCAAUAGUACAAUCGUCACUAGAACCAGUGCGUCUAAAUUGUCCGAUAACUUCAAUCUACAGCAACCCGACCACGCUACAACCACCGCGUCUUCAAUAGUUUCAACCACAGUCAUCGAGCUAGAUUAUCCGCGCCCACCUCGAUUUAAAGAUGGUGCGCAUCUCUUUCGGUGUCCAUGCUGCUGCGAAGCACUCCCGGUAGAGAUGGCAAACAAAAACAGGUGGAGGAAACACAUCGCAGACGAUUUAAGUCCUUAUACCUGUAUUGUGGCCGGUUGCGAUCAACCACAUGUCCUUUUCAAUACAAAGGACGCUUGGCGACAGCAUGUUCUGAAGGAUCAUAGCAGCUUGACGUAUUGGGUUUGCUUUGCAUGUGGCGAUGGGUCACAAUUCAAUGACAAGAGUGCCUUUGUGCAGCACACAAAGUCUAGUCAUGCAGCGGACAUUCCCCCAGACCAGCUUCCAGUCCUCUGUGAUCUUUCCAAGAAGACCACGCCAACAGGACUCGAACGCUGCCCGUUGUGCAAUUGGCCAGAAGAAGAGGGAGUCAUAGUGGAGAAAGAUGCGCUACUCAAUCAUAUCGCUAAGGAGAUCCAUUCGUUCUCGCUCCGGGCAUUGCCAUGGGCGGAUGAUAACGGACAAGAGAGUGAUGAGAGGAUUCGCGACAGCUCUGAAAAGGUUUAUGAAUGGCUGAUCCAGAAUGAAAUUCCGGGGCAUUCUAGUCAAGAACGACCGUCGCGCGAAGAGAGGGUCUGGCAUUCUCAGCAUUUUCAACAAAACCCCUACUUUGCAAGCAGUUCAAAGGCGUCGUCUUCGGGUGAGCCUGAUUCUAAUGGAUCAAGAGGGAACGAAUUGGAGGAACUAAGAAAAGAGGGGGAGUCAAUCGUCCAUGAAAGUUCUGAGACCGCUGAUCUAGCAUCUCGAAUACGAAAUAUUGAAGGGGAUAUAAGACUAGCUCUACAUUCAACGAUGUCUGACCCGGAGAACUACACUAUAGGUUGGAUUUGCGCCAUCACCACUGAAUAUGUUGCUGCCCUAGAGUUCCUCGACGAAAGGUAUUCCGUCGACAUAGACGACUAUAUCUUGGGUCGAAUUGGGAACCAUAACGUGGCUAUAUCGGUUCCACCAAUGGGAGAAUACGGCUCGUUCUCGACAGCUCAGGCGGCUACAAAUAUGAUACAAAGCUUUCCCAAUAUUCGGAUCUGCAUGAUGGUUGGCAUCGGCAGCGGCGUGCCCAGCCAAAAGCACGAUAUCCGUCUCGGAGAUAUUGUUGUCGGCAUUGAGCUCAAUGACCAGAGUGCUGUCCUUCAGUAUGACUUUGGUAGUAGGAGACCAGGACAAAGCUUCGAGCCCAUUGGUUUUCUCGAUCCGCCACCUAUUCUCCGACGCGCAGUAUAUGAACUCCAGGCUCAGUAUGAGCACAAAGGACACAAACUCGAUGACGCGGUCAACAAAAUCAUUGAGAGGAGACCGCGACUACGGAAGAGGUGUCAGCGCCCAGAUCUGGCAAGUGAUCGGCUGUAUCGAAGUCACAUUUACCAUUUGAUGGAUAGUGAAUUACCUUGCGCUAUGUCAUGCGGCGAUGAUCCAUCUUUUCUGGUUUCGCGGUCUCCGCGCACGGAAUACGAUGACAAUCCAGCAAUUUAUUACGGCCAAAUCGCCUCAGCUAGUCAUGUUAUGAAGGACGCUUCCUUCCGAGACGAAGUGGCUGCGGAAAAGGAUAUUCUGUGUUUUGAAAUGGAAGCGGCUGGGAUGAUGAAUCACUUUCCCUGCCUUGUGAUCCGAGGCAUUUGUGACUAUGCAGACUCGCAUAAGAACAAGGACUGGCAGUGGUAUGCUGCAAUGGUUUCCGCGGCGUAUGCCAAAGACAUUUUGCGUCAAAUUGUCCCACAGCAGUUAAUUCAGGAGGCAAAGAUCAUCGAUAUAUUGAAAGACCUUGAAAGUUAUGCUCAAAUUAUUCACGAUAUUGACGAGAUUGGCAUAAAUGACAGCUAA